AUGGGUGUUAAGCAUGGUGAUUUCCACAACACGCUCCUUCCCUUCCUACUCAUCGUCUCUUGCUUGAUGCUUAUCUCUUUCCCACACUCCCACUCUCAACCACCAUCACCCACUUGUUCUCAGCAGUCAUACACGUGCAGCAUAAACGUUUCCGCCAUCUUCUAUCCUUUCUGGGAACACAACCCACAAUGUACCGGCGGUGACCAAUCCCAGCUCUUCUGCUAUGCUCAAUAUGGUAAAAACAUUCAAAAUUACUAUCCAGAAUUCACAGUGAAGGAGUUCAACGACACCUCUCGCACCAUGAAAGUAAUGCUAACAAACCCUGUCAACAACGAUGUUUGUUAUCAUCAAUUUUUUGACAUUUACAAGAAUUUGAACAAGACUCUGUUCCAGUAUUCCGCGUCAGUGCACAACAUCACCAUAUUCUUCGAUAGUUGUCCUGAUCACAUCCCAGGUUUCCCUUCAAUGCGCAGCUUUAAGUGCGGGGAUUCUGUGCAUUAUUUUGAGGAGGGAUACAAGGAGCAAAAGAUGCUCCAGAAAUACUCACUGCUUAACGAUUGCAAGCAACGUUUGCGCGUGCCCACUCCCGCUCCUCUCCAUAAUUACUAUUAUUCUGAUGGAGAUGCAGUUCUGAGAGAAGUAAUCAGUGAUGGGUUUGAGGUCUACUAUGAUGUUCCUCAACAUUGCAGAAGAUGCAGCGAAACUGACGGAAGUUGCUUGAAGGAUGGUAAUCGUGAACAUUGUUGGGAAAAAUAUGCUGAAUCUUCCCAUAUGGUCAGAUCUGUGAAAGUGAAAUAA